CGUUACGUCACACCGGCUGCAGGUUGCAGAAUGUGGCUGCUGUCAGUGCUGGUUCCUCUCCUCAGGCUGUAUCUGUGUGGAAUCAAAGUUCUGCUCUACCAAAUGUUCAACCGAACCUUUGAGAUGCCAGCCUUACCCAAGCAAAAGGGAAGGGUUGCCAUAGUGACUGGGGGUACCAGAGGAAUGGGGUUUGAGACUGCAAGACACCUGGCAAGCCUGAGCAUGCAUGUCAUCAUAGCUGGGAACGAGCCAGAAGAGGGCGCUGCAGCUGUUAGCAGGAUAAAUGAAGAAUGCUAUGAAGGAAAAGCUGAGUUUGUCUUUGUGGACCUGACCUCCCUGAAAUCAGUCAGGCGCUUUGUCCAGACGUUCAGAGACAGAUCUCUGCCUCUGCAUGUUCUCAUUAACAAUGCUGGAACCAUGCUGGUUCCUGAGACACGGACAGAGGACGGCUUUGAAUUCCACUUCUGCCUGAACUACUUGAGCCACUUCCUGCUGACCAACAUGCUGCUGGACCUGCUGAAGGCGUCUGGAAGGCAGGGUCGCUGCUCAAGAAUUGUCAACAUGGCCUCUGCCACACACUACGCAGGAGAGAUAAACCUGCAGGACCUGAACAAGACAGUGGUCUACAGCUCCCAUGGUGCCUACUGCCAAAGCAAGUUGGCCCUGGUCCUCUUCACCUACUACCUUCAAGAGCAGCUGACGGCUGGAGGAUUCUCUGUCAUUGUCAAUGCUGUGGACCCUGGGAUGGUGGACACGGCGCUGUACAAUAACCUCUGGACAUUAGCACAGAUGAUGAAGAAACCAGUGGCCAGUAUUCUGUUCAGGACUCCAGCAGAGGGGGCCUCCAUAUCGGUGUAUGCUGCAGCUGCCUCUGAGAUGGAAGGAGUGGGCGGCUGUUAUCUGUACAACGGUCAGAAGACUCAGUCCUCUGAUCUGUCCUACGACUCUGAGCUGCAGGCCAAGCUGUGGAAAAAGAGCUGUGAGCUUGUGGGACUCAAGGCCUGAUACCUGGAGUACUUCCAUUUCCACAAUGUUCCUCAUUUAUUGAUCAUUCACAACUACUUCACCCAACCACGUUGAGGCAAGUGACGAUUGUCGGACAUGACACCAGGUGUGACUUUGAUUGUUUUACCAAGUUGUUUUUGCCAAUACAGACAUGACUUCUACUUGUUCAGAAGAAAACAUUUGAUUUCUAUAGCACUUUUUCAGCAACAAGGCAUUUCAAAGUGUCCAGUCAAGUUAAUUUGUCUGCAAAAGUAGUAGACCUAAUUGUUUUAUUCUUCUCAUAGAUGGCAGUAUUUAUUAAAGUUGGAAAUGGCUAGCUUAGAAAUCGGACCACGCCUUCUCCCUCCUGACGUGUUUGUUGAUUUGAUCAAAUAAUCAACUCUGCCUGAAGUCAUGGCACAAGACUUAUGAAAUAUGUCGUAAACGGCAUUUCCCUUUAAUGGUGUCGAAAAUCUAGAUGCUUAUCAGUUUAUUUGGUACAUGGAUGGCUACAUUCUAUUUGUCUUGAAGGUUACUAAUGAUUAGAAGCAUACAUUCUCUGCAUAAUACAAUCUUUCAUUGCAUCUUCUUGCACCAAGAGCUGCCAGUCCUUUCAAGCAACACUUGCUAUCCAUCGCCACCUUGUUUCCUCAUCAAAGGUUUAUGAUCAAAUGAGAAGUUUGGUUUGCAUCCUAGUCUGUGCAGCACCUGUGAGUAUUGUACAGUGACAUCAACUGUGCAAUUUUUAAAAAAAUUACUUUUCUGGACAAUCUCUACAGGAGUCAACGUGCACAUAAGUUGUUUUGAUGUGCAUCAUGGCCAAGAGGACGGCAUCUCAUGCAAAGGGUCAAAAGAUCAGAGUGAACUUCUGCCAGCUUUAACCUCUGUGGGGAUUUUAUGCUCAAGUCCUGUUUGAUGUGACUCAAACAAGAAACAUUAUGCAGAGAAAUCAGAUAUGUACUCUAUUUUCACAAGCCAGCAAUAAUGCAGCCUCGUGACUUUAACUGACCUGACUUCCAGAGUGACUUGACCUUUCACUGUAAAACUCUUCAGUUACAUACCACUGUGCUUCAGAAGCCUUUACAGCCUGUUUUAUUCUUCUGAGGACAAGAUCCUCAUGCCGACUCAGUGGCUGAACGGUGAAGUUUCUGUGGUUAGAAUGAUGCUUUUUAAAGUUAUGUGUAUAUCUGUAAAACCUGCUUCUUCUCCAUCCAAACACUAGGGGGCAGCAGGAUUUCUGUAUUGCAAUGUGAACAUUUAAAAACUUAAACCAGACUCUGAAACAGUUAAUGUUGACUAAUAAAAUAAUAUCAAACGGCUCCCUUUCAGCCCGUUAAGUGCCUUUUUUGUUAUUGUUUGUAUUUUUUAAAGUACAUGAAAAGUGAUCUAAAUGUUUCUCCAGUUUUGCUUAAAUCAUGUAAGCGAAGCAGCAAGUGUGAACAUUUAGGGUGUGAAGAUGACUGCAUCAUGGUGUGGACAGAGAAGACUUUCUUUGUAAUUCAACAUCAUUUGUUUGGAACCUUUUCUGUCUUCUUCAUGUCAUAGUGAAACAUUUGACCAAAAACAUUUAUCAAAGGUCUUAUAUUUUCAGAUUUCACACAUUUUGUCCUGUUCCAACCACAAACCUAAAUGGAUUCCAUGUGACAGACAGACCAACACAAAGAUGUGCAGAAUUGUCAAGUGGGAAAAAGUGGUUAUGCUGUAAAAAACACACACACAAUGAAAAGUGUUAUUAAUAUUCAGGUAAUAUUCUGCUGCAGGUUUUUAAUACGUGUCUCUUCCUGAUUUGAGACAAACUGGCUGUUUCUGUUAGAUAUAAUGAAGGAGAUUCUUUAAACACAAGUUGAUGUCCUUUUUGUCACGAGUAAAGCCAUGACUUGCAAUGCUGAAGAAAAACACAGCAUACUUUUGCAAAGCAUUGUAUUACUACACAAUCCUUUAAUAAAGCAUUUCUCCUUUAAUAGA